GGGACAGUCGCCGGGACCGAGUCGGAGGAGGCUGUCGGGCAGCUCUGGCUUGGACGUCGCUUCUUCGGCUCCGGGGCCAGGAUUAUAAUAUGCUUCUAACGUGACAGAAAGGCCUGUAUAUUAAAUUGGUUCAACUCUGCAGCACAUAUACAACAUCCAACAUGGUUGCCAAAAUGUGUGAAAAUAUUGGUGGAAACAUCUGCAUAAGUAACAAUCAGGCCGGCGGCAGCUCUCUGCAGAACUUCUUCAGCAACAAAUGCAUUUUGGUGACUGGAGGGACAGGGUUUGUUGGGAAAUGUCUGGUUGAGAAACUUCUUCAUUCUUGUCCAGAAAUAAGAGUCAUUUAUUUGUUGAUCCGACCAAAGAAAGGCCUAGAUGUCGCCACACGAUUCCAGGAACUCAUAAAACAUCCAGUGUUCGAGCGGCUGCGCGCCGAGAGCCCGCGCGCGCUCGACAAGAUGGCGCCCGUGGGCGGCGACGUGUCGCUGCCCGGGCUGGGGCUCAGCGAGGCGGACCGCCUGCAGCUGGUGACCAGCGUGCACGUGGUGUUCCACUCGGCCGCCACAGUGCGCUUCGACGAGAAGCUGCGCACAGCCGUCAGCCUCAACGUGGCGGGCACGCAGCGCUUGGUCGAGCUCGGCCAGGACAUGAACAAGCUUCAGGCGUUCGUGCACGUGUCGACUGCGUACUGCAACGCAGACAAGCACGAGGUGAAGGAGGCGGUCUACCCGCCGCCCGCGAGCCCAGAAGCGGUGAUGCACUGGUGCGACACGCUGCCCGACGACGUGCUGGAGACAGUGUCGGAGCGACUCCGAGGGAAGCACCCCAACACCUACACGCUGACCAAGGCCAUGGCCGAGUGGAUCGUGUCCGAGCAAACCAACAACAUGCCGACCGCCAUCGUGCGGCCGUCCAUAGUGACGGCCGCGUGGCGGGAGCCGCUGCCGGGCUGGAUCGACAACGUGUGCGGCAUCACGGGCAUCAUCGUGGAGAUCGGCCGCGGCACCAUCCGCAGCAUCGUCUGCGACCAGAAGCUGGUGAUGGACGUCAUCCCCGUGGACUUCGUCGUGAACACGCUCAUCGCGGUGGCUUGGCGCACGGCCACGCACAGGUCAAACACUGUCCAAGUAUACAACUGCACAUCGGGAAGUCUAAAUCCAAUCCUGUGGGAAGAAUUCGGCCAACUCACUCAAAAAGAAACCUGUGAAUUCCCUACUCGUCACGUGAUGUGGUACCCGGGGUUCACAUUCAGAACCAACCAUUUCAUUCACAAGAUAUGUGAUUCCCUGUUCCAUUUCUUCCCGGCCUUUUUAGUUGACAUUCUGCUCAGGCUGCAGGGUGCUAAACCAAUAAUGCUGAAAAUAUCACAACGUUUUCGAAAAGCAGCAAAAACGGGAGAAUUUUUCGCACUGAACGAGUGGAAGUUUCAGUGUGAUAACAUAAGAUCUCUCCAGUUAGAUCCUGAAGAUAAGAAACUGUUCGAAGUUGAUAUCACACAAAUGAACUGGGAGAAAUACACACAGCAGUAUAUACUUGGGAUACGUAAAUUCAUCCUGAAAGAUUCUGUUGACACACUUCCCUUCGCUAGGCAGAAACUUAGAAGAUUAUAUUGGCUACAUAGAAUCACUCAAGUUCUUUCUGCUCUUCUUUUCAUCAAGGCCAUAAAGCACGCUACGUGACAUAAGCUCAAACGCAAACAAAAUAGUUUGCACAUCACUUCAAACGGGGUUUGUAAAAUGUUAGUUGAAGGGAUAUGUUUAUAUUUUGUUUACUUCAAUACAAUCCAAAUGUAUUUCUAGUUCAACACUUCCUGCCAACAGUGUUACCAGUUUAAGAAGAAAGUAAGUGUGAUGUUUUUGUUGCACAAUGCAGGAACAACAUGUAGUCAUCUAAAUGCUUAAGAAAUAAGUUUAUUCUCUGUCUUUGCAUACUUUAUAAUUUAACAACCCCCAUAUAUAUUAAAAACUGAACCCUUAAAGUAAUUCAGAUGUUCUUUCUUUCUCAGCAGAACUAUCAUGAUAAUGGUACAAUUAAAUUCAAUUUAUAGUUUAUAGUAUUAUUAUUAUUUUUGUAUUAAUUUGUAGAUGGAAAUUAUAAAAAAUUGUACUUUAGAUAGCUAGUAACACUAACAAUGAUUUCUUGCCUUCUUUGAGCUACAUACAAAAUGCCAAAAAUAAAUAUUCUUAUUACUAUUAAAUAUGGCUCAAUUUAUUUUAUAUUCAUUUAAUGUGGUACCACUUUGUAUUUUUUUUGUUUUAAAAUAUGAAAAUAACUAUUAAAAACUAAUUUAAAACUAAACUUUGUGAAUUGUUUCCAUUUUUGUAGAUUAUCUGACA